CUCUGGGGCAGAAUCCUCUGAGCAGACAAGAAACAGGCUCCAUUCUCAGGGAUCCCUCAGAGCUUGGCCUUUGCAAAGUCUCCUGGCAGCUCCAGCUCCCUGUGCUCUGCUGCUUCAUGACCCCAAGGAAGCUUUUGCAAUCCUUUCAGUUCUGCAAUUCUGAUCAAUAGAACUGUGUGUGUGGGGAAGCUGCAGCCACAGGCUGGGACGGACAGGACCUGGAAGCAGACCCAGCAAGCAGAAUACACCAGUGCUCUUCAAAGUUUGGCAUUGGAAAGAUCACGCUGCAUCCAUUCAACUCUGGGUGGGGAGGACCAGGCUCAGAGGUUAACCAGCACUGAACAGCAUCACCUCACUCCAGAGCCCUCUGCACAUGCCAGGGCAGGAACACUGUCCUGGCUGUCAAGGCUGAUGGACUCCUCUGGAAGCAACAGGUUGUUGCUUGGUCAACAGUAAAUGAGAAAAGGGAGGAAGUAACCUAUGUGAGAAGGAGCAGCAAAGAAUCACAGCAAAUGUGAGAAGGGACAGUGAUGCACAAUCAACCUGUGGAACUCCUUGCCAGAGGAUGUUGUGAAGGCCAAGACCAUAACAGGAAUAAGAAGAAAAGAAGAGGACAGAAAAUUUUCUGCUUUGGAAGAAUCGGGUCAGUGACACAAUGUCCUCGAAGGGGGGAAUUAGCACUCUUUCACCCCUGAGUGUCACCACCCUGUCUGCUAACACCUCAUGCGGGGUGGACUCUGAGUUCAGAUACCCCCUUUUCACCAUCAUGUACAGCUUCAUCUUCAUUCUGGGCUUCAUUGCCAAUUGCUAUGUGCUGUGGAUUUUCUGCCAGGUUUAUGCUUGGAGGAAACUAAACGAAAUCAAGAUCUUCAUGGUGAACCUGAUAGUGGCUGACCUGCUGUUCCUAAUCACACUGCCCCUGUGGAUCAUUUACUAUCACCACCAAGGAAACUGGAUUAUGCCUACAUUCCUGUGUAAUGUGGCCGGCUACUUGUUCUUUGUUAACACCUACUGCUCCAUCGCCUUUUUGACAGUCAUCACAUACAACCGAUUCCAGGCAGUGACCAAGCCCAUCACAGCUGCUCAGUUCCCCACCCGGAGAAGGGGUAUCUUCCUCUCCGCAGCUAUCUGGGUGGUGAUAAUGAGCAGUGCUUUGUACUACCUCAUUGUCGAUGGAACUAAUAAGGAGGAGAUUAACAAUAGCACCAUCAAGCGGUGUUUCGAGCGCUAUAACACCACUGGCAACACUCUGCCCAUCCUCGCCAUCCAUGUUGUCAUAUUCAUUAUUUUUGUUUUCAUUUUCCUGUUUAUACUGGUGUGUAACUUGUUCAUUAUCAGGACACUGCUGACCAAGUCAGUGCAGCUGCAGAAGAGCACCCGUGUCAAGCAGAGGGCAUUCAGGAUGGUAUGCACUGUCCUCGCUGUAUUCAUCAUAUGCUUUGUACCUCACCAUCUCAUUGACCUCCCCUGGACCCUGACGGUCCUAGAGCUGUGGCAGAAAGAAAACUGUCCAUUGCGCCAGCAGAUCAAUGAUGCCCAUCAGGUAACUCUAUGCCUCCUGAGCACCAACUGCAUGCUGGACCCUGUCAUCUACUGCUUCCUCACCAAGAAGUUCAGGAAGCACCUUUCAGAGAAUCUUAAAAGCAUGAAAGGGAGUCGCAAGUGUUCCAGGCAAACCACUGAAACAGUGAUUGAGGGCACAGUGCCCAUCAAUGACCUCCCCACCAAUCCCAUGAGAAAUGAAUAUAGCCCUGUCUCCUACUGAGCAGGGCUGGGCUACUUGUGUCAUCAGCUUCCUCUCACUAAGCCAGGCCAGAGAGGGACACAUCAGUGGGCCAGAUCUCUGCAUUUCCAUCAGGAAGAAGAAAUAUGAGCAUUCAAUCCCCGUAUCCACAAAUGCAACCAGAGGAAUAGGGACCCAGCAGGGGCUGCAAAGGGGCACCUUCUGACACAUACUGACACUAAUCACAGCUCAGCUUGUUUUCUUUUCUGUGAAGAAAAAUGCCAUUGACUUUGUGUCUUUCCCCCUCCUCCGAUCUCCUUGUGUGAUCUGUCAGCACUUUAACAUGGGAAUUGCCAUGAGGAGAGCUCACUCUUAUGAAUGACAGAGAUUCUAUGGGAUCUGAUCCAAGUAACCAGGCUGGGGAGAAGGGGGGUCUGUGAAAGUCGAUGGGUAUUGGUGAUGUGCUGGAAACCUCAGCCUUAGCUCCCCCAAUCCCUGGGAUCCGUAUGUAUAGAUUUUAAGGCCACCCUGGACCAUUAUCUAGUCUGACAUCCUGCAUGUCACUGGCUAGAGAAUGUCACCUUAUUCCUGGACCCAGCCCAAUAACUUCUGGUUGAGCUAGCACGUAUCUUUCAGAGAGACCGAAUAUCAACUGAAAACCUCCAAGUGACAGAGGAUGAUUGCCAGCAUAGGAAUUAAGAUAGCAAAUGAAUGGGGUUUUAAUGCUUCAUCAUCAUAGCUUUUAUUUAUUAUAGAUGGGAUUAUAAAGAGGGAGUGGCUAUUGUCCCUAAGAUUGUGCUGCUGGAAACAAAGUAAUGUAGCUGGUUGCUUAUUUGAAGACUGUUUUCUGGUAUUUUAUCAUUAAUAAACUAACAGCUUGUGGCCACACCCCAGGGCACCCUCCAAACUACUCAAUUGCUGCCGUGGUGUUAAGUCCAGUGCAAAAAUGUUACGGGUUUUAAGCUCAGGCAUUCAGUCCAGGGUGAAAUGGAUCCUGCUCAGGGGCGGCUCCAGGCCCCAACACGCC